UCCGGCCUGGGCGCCCCGGGAGCCGCUGUCCUCGCUCCUGCCAUGGCCCCGCGGCCCGCGCUCCUGCCGCUCCGGCUGCCGCCGCCGCUGCUGCUGCUGCUGCUGCUGAGCGGGCCGGCGUGCCGGGCCCAGGCGGGGGCCGAGAGCGAGAGCCCGCCGCGGACCCUGCAAGUGGAGACCCUGGUGCAGCCCCCCGAGCCGUGCGCCGAGCCCGCCGCCGUGGGAGACACGCUGCACAUCCACUACACGGGCAGCUUGGUAGAUGGCCGCAUCAUCGACACGUCCCUCACCAGAGACCCUCUGGUCAUUGAGCUGGGCCAGAAGCAGGUGAUCCCAGGUCUGGAGCAGAGCCUUCUAGACAUGUGUGUGGGAGAGAAGCGGAGGGCAAUCAUUCCUUCGCACCUGGCCUAUGGAAAGCGGGGAUUUCCACCAUCUAUCCCAGCGGACGCAGUGCUGCAAUUUGACGUGGAGCUGAUCGCACUGAUCCGAGCCAACUACUGGCAAAAGCUGGUGAGGGGCAUUCUGCCUCUGGUCGGCAUGUCCACGGUGCCAGCCCUCCUGGGUCUCAUUGGGUAUCACCUAUACAAAAAGGCCAGCAAACCCAAAGUCUCCAAAAAGAAGCUCAAGGAAGAGAAACGAAACAAGAGCAAGAAGAAAUAAUAAAAAAUUUUAAAA